CUCAUUAUAUACGUCUUCAGACAAUGCAGAUUCACAGUUAUGCGAGGAACCUAUUUCUACCAACAUUUCCUUAUAUGCGUCCAAAACUCAGUUAUGCGAGGAGCACUGCUUUCCCGCCAAUACAGGUCACGUGCACACACCUCACAGUCUCACUGUUGGGAUGAGAAGCAGCACUUCCCCGCCAAUACAAGUCAGGUGCGCGCGCCUCACAAUCUCACUCCCGCCAGUGUUGCAUUGAUUUUGGCAAGGUGUGGAUGCACGAUCUUAAACUUCUGUUGGUUUUACCUACGGUGCAGUGAUUUUGUGCUUGAAAUAUUUAACUAUGCCUCCUAAGCAUCCAAUAUCAUGUCCUGGGUCAUCAGCUGAGUGGCAGAGAACCACUUUAACACUUGAAAAAAAGUUAGAAAUUAUAAACAGCACGAUAUCAGCUGAAGCUAAUACAGCUCUGGGACGCUACUGUCGGGAACAGAAUCUUGCCUUUAAAGUUCUGUUGUUGCUUAACAAUGCGCCAGCCCAUCCUAAACAUUUGGACAGCAUUCAUCUUAACAUAACAGUGCGUUUCCUGCCGCCUAACACAACAUUGCUGAUUCAACCACUCGACCAAGGUGUGAUCCACAUUCAAGGCGUACAUAUUUUUUUACAGCGAACUAUCUCUCAGAUGCCGCAAGCAACAGACGAUUUUGAAAAUCCCGUGAGUUUACCAACAGUGAGGGAAUGGUGGAAGUCGGAACACUUGGCACAAAUGGCGAUGGACAUGGACCCAAGUUUAGAAUGGAGUCAGCAUUUCAGUCGUUCACUGCAGUCAACCCUUCUUCCCUACAAGCACAUUUAUGCUGAAAAACAAAAUGCUGCCAAGCAAACAACCCUCACCACUUUCUUCAAAUCGGUGUCAUCUCCUGCUGCCGGCAGUUCUAAGAGUUCUGUGAGUCUUCCUUCACCCCUUGCUGUGCUUGAUAUUAUCCUAACAACCACAAACAUCCACCUUAUCCGUGUAAAGCUGCCCGACACCACAACAACCACUCAUCUCCCGGAGCGAACACACCUGCCACUGUUGGGUUCUUUUGAAGACCCUGACCUGGAAUUACACACAGGCUUCGGUUCUUUGCGGGAAUGGGACCAAUUCGUGGGGUUCCACAACUGGCCGCCUGAGAAUCUCGAUCAUGUUUGGAAGCUUAAGAUCACAGGGCUCUGGAGACGGGCGGAUCAAGGGUCGGUGUCACGGCAGGAGACUCGUGUGUCGUUGGGGAGGCUGGAAAGUCUUUCGCUGUGGGCCUGAAGACCUGAGGUCUUUGUGAUCUUCGGACACACCGAGCUCAAAAAAGCAGUGAUAUGCACUUUUAAAAUCAUAAAUCAGCGGGUUGUUUUUAUGUCUCCCUCUCCCUUGCCAGGGAGAACCUGUGGAUUCUUAAAUCUUGGAUGAAAUGCAAAGCCUUUGGGGUAACUUUGGUCUGUGUCUUUGCUAUUGCUUAGCACACGCUUGGGCUCAGUGAUAGUACUGAUGCAUGUUUUUUUUGCUGGUGGGGGAGGGGGGAUUGUUGCUCACUGCCACUUACGUGCUGGGGGGGGGUCUUUGGGGUUC